UUCCUGUGCCUCAAGAACAUCCGGACGUUCCUGGCCACCUGCUCCGAGAAGUUCGGCCUGCGGAAGAGCGAGCUCUUUGAGGUCUUCGAAUUGUUCGACGUGCAGGAUUUUGGGAAGGUGAUCGAUGCUUUAUCCAUCCUCUCCUGGACACAAGUGGCCCAGAGCAAGGGCUUCGUGCCGUUCCCUACUGAGGAAAGCAUUGCCGACGAUGAGAUCUACAGCGGCUUAUCAGAUCAGAUUGAAUGGGUAGCAGUAGAAAUUCAGCGGACCCAGUCCUUGGCUCACUUCGGGAGGCCGAAAAUCGACGGAGAGGUCAAGGUCGUGGGUGGAGAGAAGCGCUCCAAGAUGGACAGGUACGCUUUCCUCCUGGACAAGGCCCUCCUCAUCUGCAAGCGGAAAGGGGAUUCGUUUGAAAUGAAGAGAUUUGUGGACCUGCACAACUACCAAGUCCGGGACGAUUCUUCUGGAGAGAAAGACAACAAGAAGUGGACUCAUAUGUUUGUUCUGGUCGAUACUUACGGUCCCUCGGGCUACGAGCUGUACUUCAAGACACGGGAGCUGAAGAAGAAGUGGCUGGAACAAUUCGAGAUGGCCCUCUCAAACAUCUACCCUGAAAAUGCCACCGCCAAUGGACAUGAUUUCCAUAUGCACUCCUUUGAAGAGACCACCACUUGCAAAGCUUGUCAGAUGCUGCUGAGGGGCACCUUCUACCAGGGCUAUCGCUGCGGCAGAUGUCGGUUGGCGGCACACAAGGAAUGUCUCGGUCGGGUAUCGUCCUGUGGGAAAGCCAGCUCAGAAUCCGGGUCCACAAAAAAGAAUAAACACAACCGGCAUACGCAGGACAGGAAAAACCCCGAACUGGGGCUGCCCAAGCUGGAGGCCUGCCAAGGGUACCACGGCGUGCCUCCCCCGCCCAUGGCGUUUGGCCCCCCGCUGAGGCUCAACGUUGGAGACAUCGUGGAGGUAACCAAAGCGGAGGCCGAGCAGCUGUGGUGGCAGGGCAGAAACACAUCCACCAAUGAUUCCGGCUGGUUCCCUUGCAAGAAAGUGAAGCCGUACAUCUGUACUCCUCCUCCGGAUCUAUCCGUCUACCUCUGGUACGCAGGGCCCAUGGAGAGGGGAGAAGCGGAGCAGAUCCUGGCCAACCGCUCGGACGGGACCUUCCUGGUGCGGCAGAGAAUUAAGGAUGCAGCAGAAUUCGCCAUCAGCAUCAAGUUCAACAAUGAAGUCAAGCAUAUCAAAAUCCUGACAGCGGAGGGUUUGUACCGCAUCACCGACAAGAAGGCCUUUAAAGGGCUUACGGAACUGGUGGAGUUCUACCAGCAGAACUCCCUAAAGGAUUGCUUCAAGAGCCUUGACACGGUGCUGCAGUUCUCUUUCCAAGAGCUGGAGAGCAGAACCGUCUCCAAGCCGGCAGGGAGAAGCUUGAAGUACUUUGGUUCCGCCAAGGCCCGCUACAAUUACUGUGCCCGUGACCGUACCGAGUUGUCCCUCAAAGAAGGAGACAUCAUCAAGAUUCUGAACAAGAAAGGGCAUCCGGGAUGGUGGAAGGGAGAGAUCUACGGCCGGGUUGGCUGGUUCCCAGCAAAUUAUGUGGAGGAGGAUUAUUCGGAGUAUUGUUGAGGACACAGCCCACAUUGAAAAUUCUGAUGCCUCCUGGAACAGCCAACAGAAUCAGUUUCUCUUUACCUCCAGGAGUCAUUUGUGUGCAGAGACUACUGUUAUUUAUGAACUAUCUUCCACCCCCGC